AUGAUAAUGAUGAUGCGCUACGUGCUGUGUAUCCUCGCUCUCCUGCUCUCAUGUGCGUGUGUGCACGUCCUCGCUGAAGAAGUGCCUGCCGCCGAUCUUUCCGACCAAGUCCCUGAUACGGAGAGUGAGACAAAGAUUCUUCUUCGAAGUGAUCCUGUUACCCAGCGUUCCGAGUGCACUGAUGGUGCUCCUCAAUGUGCGAAAGAUACAAUGGCACAUCAAGAAACACCUGGACUUGGUGCUGAUGGCAAAUGCCCUGAUGGUAGUGAACCUUCUGAAGGUGAGACAUGUCCGGAAAAGGCCGAAGUUCUUCCUGGAAACGUACCUGAGGCACCAAAAGAAGUUGUUCCAGAGAAAAAAGUACCGGUUGCUCCUCCCAAAGUACCUGAAGUUCCUAAAGAGGUGGUUCCUGAGAAAAAAAGACCACCUCCUCCUAAAACACCCGCAGUUCCUCCUGCAACAACACAUGAAGUUCAAGGUCAACUUGGAGAUGAUCGUAUUUCUGGUUCUCGUGACGGAACUCCUGAAAUGGGUGGCGUUGGUGAUCGUGGUCAAGAUGGUGGGACGGGCUCUUCCGGUUCUUCUGCUGGUGCUUCUGGUACUGGACAUAAUCAAACACCUGCUGAAUCUGCUGAACCUAGGGCAGAUCUCAAUGCGGCUGAUCCUGCGGGUGAGGUGCAAACUGAAGGGGACAGCAACAAUGCAGGAGGUGGAAGUGCGGCUAUCCAAGGAAGUGGAGCACCACAAACUUCUUCUUCUUCUUCCAGCAGUUCAACCACGGGAAGUGCUGGAGCUGCGGAUACUGAAACAACAGAGAGCGGAACUUCAUCUGCAGAGAGUGAAUCAUUAAACAAACAAAAUGAGGGAGGAAAUGCAGAAACCACCAUUACCACCACAACUACACCCAGUAAUGAGGAAUCAACCACCACCUCAACAACAACCACAACAACAACACUUCCUCCUGAACUCACAAACAACAAGAAGGGUGAUGCAGACAGCAGCAGCAGUAUCAGCAGUUCUGUGUGGGUACGUGUACCACUACUGAUUGUGGUUACACUGACCUGUAUUCUUGUGUGA